AUGUGUGUAUAUAUAUAUUUCGUGCUCAGACCCAUUUUCACCUUCGACAGCUUCUUCUCUCUGCCACCCAUCUACUCUUCCUCUGUUCUUAGCUAUUCCUUCCAAGCAUGGCUCUCUCUGGUGGUCACAAAGAUAGAGGAGAGUUGAGGAUUCAUGAGAGUCUGGAUGAGCUGAAGACGGAUUUGGCUGACUAUAUUGCUGAAAUAUCAGAGAUAUCUGUGAAGGAACGGGGAGUUUUUGCCAUUGCUUUAUCUGGUGGUUCUCUCAUUGGCUUAAUGGGAAAACUCUGCGAGGCUCCUUAUAACAAGACUGUUGACUGGUCCAAAUGGUACAUCUUCUGGGCUGAUGAGCGUGUUGUUGCUAAAAAUCAUGCUGAUAGCAAUUAUAAGCUUGCAAAGGAUGGCCUUUUGUCGCAGGUACCUAUUGUUCCUAGCCAUGUGCAUUCUAUAAACGAUUCAAUGUCAGCGGAAGAAGCUGCCGAUGACUAUGAAUUUGUCAUCCGACAGCUGGUGAAAACUCGUGUGGUCAACGUGUCUGAAAUCAGUGACUGCCCAAAGUUUGAUCUCAUCCUUCUUGGAUUGGGUCCAGAUGGUCAUGUUGCCUCUAUGUUUCCUAAUCACCCUGCACUCAAUGAGAGGGAAGAAUGGGUAACUUUCAUUACCGAUUCCCCAAAACCUCCACCUGAGAGAAUCACAUUCACCAUGCCUGUCAUAAAUUCUGCAUCCAAUGUAGCAGUGGUCGUCACCGGUGACGGCAAAGCAGAGGCUGUACGCUUGGCAAUAGAUGACGUUGGACCUGAAGGCCCAUUAAUACCGGCAAGGAUGGUCCAGCCUGGGAAGGGGAGGUUGGUAUGGUUUUUGGAUAGGCCGGCUGCCUCGAAACUUGAAGCUUCCAACUUGUCCAAGUAGUAUGAGCAGGUACCUUGUAGAGGUUUAAGUUUGUAUGUAGUAAACUUGAAAAAACAACUUUGGAUCCAUAGAUUCUGCCAUGACAAAAAAAAAAAAAAACACCUCCAUUUUGCCUUUUCUUGCUCUCUUCUGGGGGGUUCUUUUGGAGAAGUGUGAUGAUCCUUUUUGUAAGCGGCCAAUAAAGUUUUUGAGAGCGUCAUUGAAAGUGCCCUAGUAUGGUUCUGUUUCCUCUUGGAGAGUACUGAAGUUUUGAUGAUGGUCUUUUUUCAUGUAAGCGAAUCAGAGAGGCAAGUCAGGUUCUGUGUUUCCUUCAUUCCCCCCCAGCCUCUUGUUAUUACAGUGGUUUAUUUGAAAUCCUAAUUUAUGGUCUCUUUUUUUCCAAUGAAGUAUUAAAAGUUUUUUUUU